CCGUGCCGAGCUCGCCUGGCUGGGCGGCGCCGCCCCGAGCCUGCCCUAAGGGCUGGGGGACCGCCAUGGCUCCCCCGCGGAAAGGCGAGUUGAGCCCGGAGGAGAAGGAUUUGCUGGGAGUGAUCGCUAAAGGGAAUGUUGAAGAGGCUGGAAGGCUGCUGGGCAGCAAGAAUGUCCAUGUCAAUUGCUUGGAUGAGCAUGGCAUGACUCCUCUAAUGCACGCGGCCUACAAAGGGAAAGUAGACAUGUGCAGGUUGCUCUUGCGACAUGGAGCUGAUGUUAACUGCAAUGAACACGAACAUGGAUACACUGCCUUGAUGUUUGCUGGGCUUUCAGGAAACAAAGAAAUCACCUGGAUGAUGUUAGAGGCUGGAGCUGAGACUGAUGUUGUCAAUUCUGUGGGAAGGACAGCAGCUCAGAUGGCUGCUUUUGUGGGUCAGCAUGACUGUGUGACCAUCAUCAACAACUUCUUUCCACGUGAAAGGCUGGACUACUAUACUAAACCACAAGGCUUGGAUAAAGAACCAAAACUGCCAGUAAAGUUAGCUGGGCCGCUCCAUAAAAUUAUUACUACCACAAAUAUGCAUCCUGUUAAGAUUGUGUUGCUGGUAAAAGAGAACCCUCUAUUGGCCGAAGUAGAAGCACUGCAGAAAUGUUACAGGGUUUUGGAUCUAAUUUGUGAGAAGUGCAUGAAGCAGAAAGAUAUGAAUGAAGUACUUGCUAUGAAAAUGCACUACAUCAGUUGCAUCUUCCAGAAAUGCAUCACGUUCUUAAAAGAGCGAGAGGAUAAACUAGAUGGAUUUAUCAAAAGUCUCUUGAAAGGGAGAGAUAAAGAUGGUUUCCCUGUAUAUCAAGAGAAGCUAAUUCGAGAAAGUAUCCGAAAAUUUCCUUACUGUGAAGCUACAUUGCUCCAGCAGCUCGUGAGGAGUAUUGCUCCUGUUGAACUGGGUUCUGACCCUACAGCUUUUUCUGUACUUACACAAGCUAUCACUGGCCAAGUGGGUUUUGUGGAUGCUGAAUUCUGUACCACAUGUGGGGAAAAGGGAGCAGACAAAAGAUGUUCAGUGUGUAAGAUGGUGAUGUACUGUGACCAGAACUGCCAGAAAAUACACUGGUUUACCCACAAAAAAGUCUGCAAGACCUUGAAGGAAAUUCAUGAGAAACAAGAACUAGAAGCUGCCAAAGAGAAAAGGAAACAAGAAAAAAAGCAAAAGAAAGAUGAAGCACAACCAGAAGAGGCUGGUUCUACAAGCGAAGAACAGUCAGCUCCCAGCCCAGAUGCUACCAAAGAAGCAGAUCCAAAUCCAUGGAUCCAGACUGCCCAGACAGAAGAAACUGAACUUACCAAAGAGUCAGAAGCACAAGUCCCACGUCCUGACAGCCCGCUGCAAAGUGAGACUGGCUUAGCUGACAUUGCUCUUCAAAAAAUUCAGGAUUCUGAGGAAUAGGAAAGCUGGGAAGGGACUGAGUGUUCUGGUAAAAUCCCUCUACCCCAGCAGUCAUAAAGAAAUUUUUAUGCUGACCACCUAUGAGUUCUUUACAGCAUGGCUUUUGCAAGGCUUCCUGUAAAUGACAGCAUAGCUUCAUUCAUCUUGAGAUGAAAUACUGGCUAGUUUGUCUUCAGGUUCUGUUGUAGAUUGUAAAAAUAGAUAUUUAUUAUCUGAUGAAAACUAGAGUGACAUAGAUCCAGCUAUAUGUAUACCAGCUGUAAGCACAGUAAAAUCUAUGAGCAUCUGAUCAAACAGCCACUUAAGUUUGGGAGUAUUCAUGGUUUCAGAACCUGAAAAUUAUUUUAAAUAUAAUUUUUAAGACUUUUUUUUUUUCCCAAGAGUACACAGAAUUACAGCUAAAAGUAUUGGGAAGCCAGAACCCCUUUAUGAAGCUUUAUUUAAAGGAAUUCAGUAGCAGUUAAGCUUCUGAAGAUACUCAUCUGAAUUCUCAAAUUUUCAUGAAAUUACUGUAAAUACUUUGACUAUAAGUGCACAACAGUAGUGUGUGGUGGCAAUUUUAUUAAGUGAUACAGCUGUUUUCUAAGUCUCAGACUGACUGUGAAAUGUGUGUGUUUCAAGAGAUUGAUUUCAUUAUUUAUUUGCUCAAAUAUAUUCCGAGCUUAUUAAAGUUUGAUGAAGGGAACACCAGUAGGAUUUUAACUAUUGUGAAUGUUACAAGUAAUGGUUUCUAAAUCUCUGCUUUCUGGUAAAGACGCCUUAGCGCACACUGGGAUGUAUAUGAAUGAUUUCAUAAACAUAUGAGAUGUUUAAUAUUUUACAUGCUGAACCUGAUCACAAUUAAAUGGGACCAUUUAUAAACUACAAUUGGUAAAUUGUAUCAAUGCCAUUUAUGCUAUUGAUGUUUCACAUUGGCUUUCGACUAAAUACUAUACUGUAAAAACCAGCAUCCCUUAAAUGUUAUGUUUUCACUCAGUUUUACGUUUUCUCAUGAAAGAAGGGAAUGUCAUGACCUGAAAUCCUACUUGCUGCAUAAAGAUGGUAGAAUUUUAUAUUCUCCAGUUGUUGGAUGAACAAUAUGUUUGGAAUACAGCAAUAUCCUUCAACAUAGAGGAAUAAAUAAGCCACCUUCCACAUAGAGGAAAAAUGCUAUUAAUUUUUUACUAUUUAAUAUAUUGAACAUUUUUGUUUAUUAUUCUUGAAAUUUUAAGAGGAUGUAUAAAUGCAGGGAAUGUACCUUUGGUAUGAUCAAGAGUGUUUUCAUUUCAAGGAUUAGAAGAAUAAAACGUGAAUAAUAAAGGGAAAGUUUUCAAAGACGA